UGGAAUGUAGUCUCCUAGAACAGUGAGGGGAAAAAAAAGUCUGAAAAGUCAGAGGGGGAACGAAAAUUGAGUUUGGAUCUGUCAGAGCUGGGGUGGGACACACUGGGCCCCAGAUAUGCUGAGUUUCUUUCGACGGACUUUGGGCCGGCGGUCCGUUCGCAGAAACACGGAGAAGACGCGGCUCCGCGAGGCCCAGAGAUCCACCACGCACAUCCCAGCUGCCGGUGAUGCCAAGUCCAUCAUCACCUGCCGUGUGUCCCUGCUCGAUGGCACUGAUGUCAGUGUAGACCUGCCGAAAAAUGCUAAAGGGGAGGAACUGUUUGACCAGAUCAUGUAUCAUCUGGAUGUUGUGGAGAAGGACUACUUUGGGUUGCGCUUCAUGGACUCUGCACAAGUGCCGCACUGGCUGGAUAACACGAAAAGCAUAAAAAAGCAAGUACAAAUUGGGCCCCCAUAUUGCCUCCACAUGAAGGUGAAGUUUUACUCUUCAGAACCCAACAACCUGCAUGAGGAGCUCACAAGAUAUUUAUUUGUGUUGCAGCUGAAACAAGAUAUUCUCAGUGGAAAGUUAGAAUGUCCUUUUGACACAGCAGUGGAAUUGGCAGCCUUCUCAUUGCAAGCUGAGCUUGGUGACUUUGACCCUGCAGAGCACAACCUGGAUCUGGUGUCAGAGUUUCGCUUUGUUCCUGAUCAGAUGGAAGAAAUGGAGGUUGCAAUCUACAAAGCCUGGAAAGAGUGUCGGGGUCAGACACCAGCUCAAGCAGAGAUCAACUACCUGAACAAGGCUAAGUGGCUGGAGAUGUAUGGUGUGGACAUGCACUUGGUCAGGGCUCGAGAUGGUAACGAGUACAGCCUGGGUCUGACCCCUACUGGAGUACUAGUGUUUGAGGGAAGUGCCAAGAUUGGCCUCUUCUUCUGGCCAAAGAUAACUCGUCUAGACUUUAGAAAGACCAAGCUCACACUGGUUGUGGUAGAGGAUGAUGAACAGGGGAAGGAGCAGGAGCAUACAUUUGUGUUCCGUAUGGACCACCCUAAGGCCUGCAAGCACCUGUGGAAGUGUGCUGUGGAGCACCAUGCCUUCUUCCGUUUGCGCGGCCCUAUCCAGAAUAGUUCUACUCACUCUGGCUUCCUCCGCAUGGGCUCACGCUUCCGAUACAGUGGGAAGACUGAAUACCAGGCCACAAAGGCUUGCAAAGCCAGGAGGUCGGCGUCAUUUGAGAGAAGGCCUAGCCGUCGCUAUUCCAGGCGGACAUUACAGCCAAAAGCUGCCAACCAAAACCAAGAAGCACACAACAAUGGAGCAAAUCUAAGCAAAGGAGCCAAGCAGCCCAGUAUCCCCUGGAAUGUUAUGCCUGUUGCUACAUCACAUGGUAACACAGGUCCACUGGAAAUCGAGGACCUCCCCAAGAGCCCUCGGGCCAGCCAUUUGGAAGAGAAGAGCCUGCCCCUGGUGGCAGAUUUGCUCAGCACAAAGGACCUGCUGGAGACAUGCUUGGAAGAGGUCGCCAGGGUGUCGGUUCCCACGGCAACAGCAGGCUUGCCAACGGAAGUGUGCCCUACAGCGAUUCUCAUGGCACCCAGUGUCGGUGUGGGGAAUGGUGUCUCUCUCAGUGGCUCUAGCUCCAGUAUGAAGACACAAGCUCCUCCCUUUGCCCUGGUUGCCUUGGAGACACCCAUAAUCCUCCAGCACGUGGAAAUGGAGAGCCCAGUACUAGCAGACCCCCUCAGGUCUGACAUUAGCAUCCACAUGAACAACAGGGUCAUGGCAGUGGGUCAAAAAGAGGAAGACAUUGCAGAGCUGGUCAAGGACUGCCCAAAUAACGUGCCCUCGCAGCACCCUCUUGAGAAACUGAAAAGCAACAUUUUGAAGGCAGAGACUGAGGCAGCAGUGCUUAAGGUUCUAAGGGAAGAGCCUCUGAAGACCAAGGAAAAGAACUGUAACCUCCGGGAAGCAAGGAAUAAGGUCCAAGGGGGCAACACAGGUAGAGUCUCGCCCCCAGCAUGUGUUCAGCUGGAACAUAAGCCCACAGAAACUCUGAGACCAACCCAGGUGUCCUGUUCUGAGCCCAGUACUGAAUUCAAAGCUACGGAAGACUCCUUCCUUCAACUGUCAGUGGCAGCUGCUGAGCCUGUAAGCGAGGCUGGUUCUGCAAAGGUGAAACCAGAUUCUGUAAAGCCACUGAUCUCGCACCUGACUGAGAAUCUGAUAGACCUCACGGAUCACAGCCCAGUGCUCCAGCCAAAACCAGUGAUAGUUCCCAGAUGGCUUGUCCCAGUGGCUUCGCAUACAAAUGGCCUUUUGCACAACGAAAUGAAAAGGACAUCUCUCCAUCCUGAAGGAGCUUCACUUGGCCCUCGUCCCUAUCAGUGUCGCACUGUGACUGCAACCAGCACUGUCACCUGCCUGCCCAAGCAGGAUGGGUCCAUGACCCGAGGCCUCCUUACAACUGACCUCUGACAUGCAGCACAUCCUGGAUUGUUCCCAUAACACAGCCAUUUGAUUCCUUUGCUUCCUGCUACAUUGAGGAGUCUGAAGGCCUCAUAAGAAGCUGCUUUUACAGUACAGAAACUAACAUAAGAAGCAGACAGAUACUUGCUAUGGUAUAGUGCCCUUCUGCAGCUAAAUGCUUUUGACUCUGCUGUUUGGGGGGUUCCAUCGGUGCUUUGAAAUGUCUGAGAAAAGAGGACCUUAGAGAAUAUAGAAGGAUCAGCUGUAGCCCCAAUGAGAAGUUGGGGGGGGAGGGAAGUGGUUUAGUGGCAGAGAACUUUGUUUGACCAACAAGUUUCUAAUUCAUUUCCUGCCCAGGAAAGACUAUUUUUAUUCUUGCCCUUGAAGACAAUACUUAUCCUAAAUUCUACUUCUAGAAAAAUGUUCAGCUGUAUGAAUGGAGUUUUACACUGGAAAAUGAACUGAACAAAAGACAGCAUAGCAAUGUGAUACCAGCUGGAGCAUCAGAACACCUUGUGAAACUAACUGCUUUACCUCAAACCACAGGGUUUAUGUGGUUCAAUUGAGUUCUUAUGAUUGUUUUUAUUCUUGCAUAGAA